AUGGCUCACUCCCAGAGGGAGAUGACAAAUGGGGGUGGGCACCCUCACGUCCACAACGGAGGACAAGCCGGGGGGUCCCACAGCUACAUGCUGAAGAGGCAACAAAAACAAGGACGCAGACGGAGGUCUUCCUCACCCAUGGGCCGAGUCAUCCUCAUCAACGCUCCUGUACAGGGAGGAGAUGACAGUGAAGACAUCCACACGGUGACAGUGGACAAGACUUUGGAUGGACGUCUGGGUUUCAGCGUCAGAGGCGGCUCUGAACAUGGACUGGGGAUUUUUGUUAGUAAGGUGGAUGACCACAGCUCAGCAGCUCAAGCCGGCCUGGCCGUGGGGGACAAACUUAUGGAGGUGAACGGCGUAAGUCUGGAGAGUAUCACCAUGAGUAGUGCCGUGAAGGUCCUGACUGGAAACAGCCGUUUGAGGAUGGUAGUGCGACGCGUGGGAAAGAUUCCCGGCAUACGCUACUCCAAGGAGAAGACCACGUGGGUGGACCUGAUUCACAGGAGGAUGGUGGUGGAGGAGGGCGGACGCACGCCGUCAGAGGCCAGCUCGGACAGCGCCCUCCGCAGGAUAGUGCAUCUCUUCACCACGUCAGAUGAUUACUGCCUGGGCUUCAACAUCCGAGGAGGUCGAGAGUUUGGACUGGGAAUUUACGUCUCAAAGUUGGACCCGGGUGGGCUGGCGGAGCAGCACGGUAUCAAAAUGGGGGAUCAGAUCCUGGCAGCCAAUGGGGUCAGCUUUGAUGACAUCACACACAGCAACGCCGUGGAGGUCCUGAAGAGUCACACGCAUGUCAUGUUAACAAUUAGGGAAGCUGGAAGAUAUCCUGCAUAUAAGGAGAUGGUGGCAGAGUACGGUUGGCUGGACAAACUUUCCAAUGGGUCGGCGCUGGCGUCAGGGUCCUCCCAAGGCUACGACUCGCACUCGUCCGUCUCGUCGUUGUCGUCCCCCGUGAGCUCCCUCAGUGGUCUCUCCCAGCUCCUCUUCCCUCCUCCUGUCUUUGGCUCCAACAUGGUGGACGUGUCCAUCUCCACGGAGAACCGGCCCACUGCCGUGGCCACCGCUGACACGGCCAUACAGACGGAGGCAUGCUCCUCCCCCACCCGGACAAUCGGCGCCACGCUGCUCCUGAAGGACACCGUCAUACGUGGGGAGGGAGAGGUGGGCGUCUAUGAGAGAGAACGGCACCAAGGUCCCAAGACCAAGGUCCUCUUGGCCCUCAGUAGGCCUCGCAAGCCCAUUAGACGCUCCCAGAGUCACAUCACCCUGUCAGAGGAGCAGAAGCAGAAGAAAAAAGUCGAAAAAAAGACACACAGCUCAGACGACAAGCAAGCCAAACUGCAGCGUUCCAAAACUUUCCUCAACCUCUUUUUCAAGAAAGAUCGCAAAGAGAGGAGCCCAUCCAAAGGCCUAAAAGGAGAGCAGGCGUCCCUGCGGCACGUGGAGGAGAUAUCCAACAAGCUGCUCAGCCCGGACGAGGUGGCCGCCGUCAUGAGACACUGUCAGCGGUUUCUGUCCGAGAAGAUUCUGGAGGAUUUGGUGCGCCCCCUGCUGGCCAUCUUGGACCGGCCUGAGAAGAUACUGCUUCUUCGAGAUAUAAGGAUGCUGAUUCCCCCAAGCGAGUUGGGUCGUUUUGACAGCAUGGUGAUACCUUUUGAAGUCCAGGCUUACAAUCUUCUCAAGAAUCCAGCAGUACCUUCUCCAGUUCUACGUUCCCCUCGUGGUGGAACCCCUCGACGCCACCUCGUAACGCCAGUCCCAGACUUUCGUGGCGGCUUCCUUCUCCAGCCUGUACAGAACGUGCCACGGGCCGCUCACGCGAUUGACAGCAUGGAGGGACUGACUUUGUCUCCGUCACAGGUGUUCACCCCCCUGCUGGACGUACCUGUCGACACUUUCACCUCCUCUUCCUCUUCCUCCUCCUCGUCCUUCAACGGCCUUAGAGGAGGCGAGCGAGGAAGGUCCCCCGUGAGGAGGACGAGGAGGGAGGCGAGUCCAGACUCCACUUUGAGCGAUCGCCCGCAGGACUUUGCUGAAGUCAGCAUACGUGUUUCCUCGCCACGACGGACUAGGACGCCCCUGAAGGAUGUUUUUGCAAGCCCCCCCGCGGUCACGUCUAAUGGACACUCCCAGACGCCAGCAGACUACCACAUCUCCACUCUGACUAUCUCCAAAGCCAAACCGUCGCUAGGUAUUAGCGUGUCUGGAGGCGUCGAGUCGAGAAUUCAGCCCGUCAUCAAGAUUGAGAGCGUCUUCCCUGGAGGAGCCGCUUCAAUGAAUCCCGCUCUCAAGGCCGGCUACGAACUGCUGAGCGUGGAUGACGAGAGUCUGCAAGGCGUAACUCACCAACACGCCGUCGACACCAUCCGCCGCUCGUUCAGUAACAAGGGCAAAGAGCCCAUGGUACUGGUGGUCAAGGUCCCGAAGGAGACGCCUGCCCACUAAUAUUGAAUGGCGCAGAAAGUGACUGUGUCAUUCGUGAAGUUAGCAUCCGGCAACAGGAGAUAAUCCCAAACUGCCCCAUGAGAUUU